AUGUGUAUGGCUGGCUUUAGUCACAUAUGUUUUUAACAAUUUUUGAGAACAGGACACAGUAGCUCCAGAAGGGGAAUGUUUCCACUUCCAGAGAAGCAAGAUUCAAGACUGAAAGAUGAUGUUUAUUUGAUGGUUACUUUUUUCCUUUUAUAUAGUUUGUCCAUUUAGAUACAUUAGCAGUUUUUAUUGUGUACUAUGCACUGGCUUUUUAAUUGAUGCUAAUAAUUAUUUUAUGAUUUCUACUUGUGGUGGAUUUUUAUGUUUAUUUGUAUAGAUAUUUAGCACAACCUCUUUCUCUGCAGAGGUCUAUUGUAUUAGAAGUGUGCACAAGGCAGCCGGCAAGUGGAGGCUGUGCCAUUCUUUUCAUUCUUGGCCAAACUGAAUGUUGCUAGACCUUGAUCUUCUCAUGUUUCCAAGACUGCUCAUCAUAACUCGUGCUUCAUUUGUUGCAAUCAUUGUGAGGUCAAGGACGCCCAUGGGCCAGCACAAGUGUCAACAAACAGUGAUGAGUCUCCAGUGAUGGUCCCAGCCAAAAUGAGCCAGCGGCAGGGUAAAGACGCAUAUCUGUCUCCAACCAAAGACCUGGUCCAGGCUACACUAAGCCCCAGCAUCAUCCACAGUCAUGGUUUUGACAGAGGAAAGGAUGAAGUCUUGCAAAGCAAAGAUGACUCCUCACAGUCUAUGUCCAAAAGCAAGUCAGAGUCUAAAUUAUACAAUGGAUCUGAAAAGGACAUCGCUGCGGCCUCCAGCAAACUUACAAAAAAAGAGUCUCUUAAGGUUCAAAAGAAAAAUUAUAGGGAGGAGAAAAAGAGGGCUACGAAAGAGUUGCUCAGCACCAUCACAGACCCUUCUGUUAUUGUCAUGUCAGACUGGUUGAAGAUUAGAGGAACGUUAAAAAGCUGGACAAAACUCUGGUGUGUAUUAAAACCAGGAGUCCUUUUAAUCUACAAAACCCCCAAAAAUGGACAGUGGGUAGGCACCGUGCUGUUGAAUGCGUGUGAGAUCAUUGAGAGGCCCUCAAAGAAGGAUGGCUUCUGCUUUAAACUCUUCCACCCUCUGGAGCAAUCUAUCUGGGCUGUUAAGGGUCCUAAAGGUGAAGGAGUAGGAUCCAUUACUCAGCCCCUUCCAAGCAGUUACUUGAUUAUUCGAGCUGCCUCAGAGUCAGAUGGAAGGUGCUGGAUGGACGCUCUAGAACUGGCUCUGAAGUGCUCCAGUCUGUUGAAGCGCACCAUGAUCCGGGAAGGUAAAGAGCAUGACCUGAAUUCCUCUGGUGAGAAUAGCCAUGUCAACUUCUAUGGCCUUCUGAGGGCAAACAACGUCCAUAGCAAUGAGAACUUCCAGUUGAAUGACAGUGAAAUUGAAAGGCAGCACUUUAAAGACCAAGACACCUAUUCAGAUAAAUCUGAUAAGGAGAAUGAUCACGACCAUGAGGAGUCUGACAACGAUGGACUUGGUAAAAGUGAGGAGAGUGACAGUGACACUUCAGAAAGACAGGAUGACUCUUUCAUUGAUCCUGAACCUUCUGAACUCAUUAAGGAAACCACAUACAUAGAAGAAGCACAUGAAGAGUUGGGCGAGGCUGGCGAGGCAUCGCAAACAGAAACUGUGUCAGAAGAACACAAGAGUCUGAUCUGGACAUUACUAAAACAGGUUCGGCCAGGAAUGGACUUGUCCAAAGUGGUUCUUCCCACCUUCAUACUGGAGCCCCGCUCUUUCCUAGACAAGCUGUCUGACUAUUAUUAUCAUGCCGACUUCCUGUCUGAGGCGGCUUUAGAAGAGAAUGCAUAUAGUCGAAUGAAGAAAGUCGUCAAGUGGUAUCUUUCAGGAUUCUACAAGAAACCAAAGGGCCUGAAGAAACCAUACAACCCUAUUAUUGGAGAAACCUUUCGCUGCUUGUGGAUACAUCCGAAAACUAGCAGCAAGACCUUUUACAUUGCUGAGCAGGUUUCCCAUCAUCCACCUGUCUCUGCCUUUUAUGUCAGCAACCGAAAAGAUGGAUUUUGUCUUAGUGGGAGUAUUCUGGCCAAAUCCAAAUUUUAUGGUAAUUCAUUGUCUGCUAUCCUGGAAGGAGAAGGAAGACUGACAUUCCUCAACAGAGGAGAGGACUAUACCAUGACCAUGCCAUAUGCCCAUUGUAAAGGCAUCUUAUAUGGCACAAUGACGCUUGAGCUUGGUGGUAGUGUCACCAUUACAUGUGAGAAAACGGGUUACAGUGCCGUCCUCGAGUUUAAACUUAAGCCGUUUCUUGGAAAUGAUGAUAGUGUUAAUCAAAUAUCAGGGAAAAUUAAACUGGGAAAGGAGGUCCUGGCAACUCUGGAAGGUCACUGGGACAGUGAAGUCUUUAUUCAUGAUAAGAAGACAGAUGUGUAUGAGACCUUCUGGAACCCUACACAUGAGAUAAGGCAGCGCAGAUUGACCCGUUGUACAGUUCUGCGUGAUGAGCAGGGAGAAUUUGAAUCUGAAAGGCUCUGGCAGCAUGUUACAAGGGCAAUCAAUAACAAAGAUCAGACAGAAGCCACUCAGGAGAAGUUUGUUUUAGAGGAAGCUCAGAGGAAAGCCGCCAAAGAGAGGAAGACAAAGGGAGAGGAGUGGACCUGCCAUCUCUUUGAACAGGAGCCAAUCUCUGGAGACUGGCAAUACAAAUAUGCGGAUACCCGACCAUGGGACCCCCUUAACGACCUGGUUCAGUUUGAAAAAGAUGGUGCCGUCCAGACAAAAGUCAGGCAUAGGACUCCAAUGGUACGUUCGGGGAGUGUAAUUAGUCUCAAUAACCAAGGGGCAAAGCGGGACAAAUGCAAUUAUCAGGUAUGUGUUCCAAAGCUGAAACACAAAUCAAAUGGGCAGCAGAAGAAAGGAGAAAGCGGGUGCUCCUCUCCAGAGCUGGAUAAUCAGGACUCCUCUGGCAGUGAAGCACAUGUUUUGACUCACAGCAGUAGAAGCAGAAAGAAGGGGACAGAUCAUGGAGAACUACAAAGUGCCAUAGAAUCCAUCAAGAAAACGCAAGAAGAAAUCAACAGGAACAUCAUCGCUCUCCGUAAUCGUGUAACUACAAAUGCCUCAAACUCAGAAAGUAGUUUUCUUCAGCAAAGAGACUAUUGUAUUAUUAUCUUCCUGAUUUUUCUUCAGAUUGCCAUUAACUAUUUGUUCAAGUAGAAGAAAGUGACUCGCAUAGAUGUCGAGUCUGGAACUUUCGCUGUUGGAUUGGGACCACUUUUUGCCUGCCUGGCAUUUCAGUGCUUUUUAUGCCCGCGACGAUGAAGGUCAGAUGAUUUGGGCUUUUAGGUGCAAUAUUAUUCAUCAUCUUAAACUAGUGGCCCUCGACUCUGGAGUCUUGUACAGCUUGUCACAUCUGUCCACAUCAGCAGUAGAACAAGUAUGAAAGUGCCCGCACUAUAUACCUAGCUGUCUUAUUGUAUUCGCAGUGGGGAUCAUUUGUGUUUUACAUCACACCAUUCGGUAAAGUCCAAGUUACACGUGUGUAUGAGCACAUUUGUAAGUAUGUUGCUUGCUGUCAUAUGCAGGUUUUUACAUCGAUAUUGAACUACAGAUUGCUUGAACAUUCUGACUUGAAAUUACAGCCUGGGACACAAAGGUCUUGGUAAAUAAGGUCUAUGGCAAAUAUCACUGCUGCACCAAAUAUGUUUAAAUCGCACACAAUUUUUGGUGUGCUUUUUAAACCAAAGCCAAAAGUGGAUUCCAAAGGAAUGGGGAAAUACCAAGAAUGGACUUCUGCUUUUAGCUUAGUCCACUUUUGUCAUUGGCUCAAAAGACCUGGAUCAAAAACUGUUCCUAAAACCACAUCAAAAGCUGUAUGUGUGUACUCAGUCUUAAGAAGACUAUCUACAUAAUGCAGCUAAGUAUGCUGUCUCAAUCACACAACCAGGUUAAGGAUACGUGGGUAAUAUUGAUGAAGUAUUCCACCAGGCAAGCCCCACCAGCUCAAUUUACUGCAUUUCAAGGCCAGCUUGCUACAUUUGGCUGCAAGGGACUCUACUAUUGAUUUUACAUUGGUUAUAUAGCCAGAAAUGUAAUUUAUUAAGUAUUUAGUAAUGCAUCUUCAUAUUUUUCAACUCAUAUUUUUUAGUCUUUGCAGUGUACGAAAAAUCAGUAAACAAAAAUAAGUAGGCGUCUGCUGCUGAUGGAUCUUAUUAUUCUUACUAUGGCUUAUGUGAUACCCUAUGUGACAUCCUGGCUCAUUACUACAUAUAUACUAGAUGUUUAUUAAGCCCUUGUGGACCAGGGCUGGUCCACAUACAUCUCUGCAGAGAUGGAGAUGAGCGGCCUGUCAGAGGAGACAUCCAGACGCCCCUUCCAAACCUGCCUUCCUGAACACUGGCUACAUGGCUUUCAGUGACUGCCAUGUAUCCAUUGAUCAGAAAGUAGCAGUGGCAGGUACUGCUCCAGUCUUAGUGAUCACUGGAUAGCUUCUCUAAAAUAGAUCAGAUCAAGAACUAGAAUCUAAUUAUGGCCCAUCUCAGGAGCCUGCAUUUCCGAUGGAAUUGGGGCUAAUAAGUUAGUGCCGGUUACAGGGAAAUCAGGAUUAAAAAAAUAAAAUAAAAAUGAAUGUACUGUUAAAAAUGUCCCCCAGUAGUCUCAAUGACAUUAUAGGGGAUACAGACUUGCAUAAACACCAAAUAAAGAAAUAAAAUAAAAAACCUUUAGCCCUAGUGUGCUCCAGUAACAACCCCGGACAACCCCAAAUUAUGCAUCUCCUAUAUUAAAAAGACUAUAAGAAAAAGGGGAAUGCAAUUAAGUGUAUUUUAGUGAGAUCUUUGUGUUAGAAGAAUGUAAAGAAAGGGCAAAUUUGCUUUAUUUUUUACAUUUUCCUCUGAUUAAUGCAGAAGAAAACCACCAUAGCACAGACAUGCUAAAUGGGAAGGAAAGAAACAAAAAUGAUUUUAAUAACCAAAUGAGAAAAACUUUCAAACAGCAAAUCUAUGGCUGUUCAUUAACAGGAAGGAAAGGCCUGGUCUUAACCGGUUUAUUUCACACACGUCCGAUAUUGGAGUUCCAUAUACUUGCAGUUUGCAUUGUGCCAAUGAGUCAGAAUGGUAACCACCAUCAGUUUACGCCCCGUUCACCACAGUUCAACCUUAAAGUAAAUAACAAUGAGGUUGAGUUCAUACCACCGCUAUAAAUUUCUAUUGUUCUGCUCUGUUAGAGGAGCAAAACAAAGAAAAUAACAGAAUUGCCGUAUUCCGGACAUAACUGAGAGGAACGGAACUGAAAAGACUCCGUUAACUAGUGGAGACCCUUCUGUUUCCAUUCUGUUUUUGUUUUUUUUACCAGACAAAAAAGUCCUGCAUACAGGAUUUUUUUUGACAGUGUCUGUGACAGAGGCCCUGAAUGGAGCUUCCAACGCAGAUGUGAACAAGCCUUAACAAUGACAACAUACGGUAUGUGGAGCAUCACUUUGUGUUGUCAUAUCCUGUUUAACAGGCUCUAGGUUACAUAUCUGUGUGCCCCUCUGAAAUAUUGAGAUCCAUUAUCAUUUUGUUACUAAUGUUACUAUUGGUACUCUAGUCUUCCAUUAGUCUAGUAUGGAGCCCGUGUUGGCGAUCAUAUGUAUAUAAAUAGUGGCACCAACUAUCACAAAUACUAGAUCUGUCUGAUUGGUUACCGUGCUACAAAGGGGGUCAUCUGUUCACUAAUCCAGAUUAAGUACCUGCUUAUUCAUGGUCUGUUUGAUUGGUACUAUAAAGAGUUGCCCACUUUUAAACUAUUUUCCAUGUUGCUCAGAGUAAAAUGUUAAGAAUGAUAUACUUUAAUUUCUUAAGAACAUGCAUUAGUAUUUAUAAAAUAAAAAUAAAAAACUGUUCAAUGUACUCCCUAUCAGACUGCAGUUGACAGCAGCUGACAGAAAAACCAUAAGUUGACACUUCCAUCAACAAUUGUACAAUUUAAUUUAGGUGACUAUUUUAUCCUGUCCUGGCUCUUUAACUUACUUUUUGUUUGAACUUUUAGCACAGCAGAGUCCCCUUAACUCUCUCUGUGAGGCCAUCACUAUGGCCAGAAGGGGGAGGAUGACUCAGUUACAGCAUCACAUAUAAUUCAGAAAUUCAUGCACAUGUACAAUGCAAUUUAUUCAUAUUUUAUUAUGUGGUUAUACAUCCAAGUAGUGAUCCGGGUACAUGUAAUCUAUUAUGGUAAUAGUAGAAUAGCCACAGAGUGCAUCUGACCGGCAGUUUCAGUCCUUUAUAGACCUCCUUUAGUGGUUAAGCUAUAAUGAAAUAUAUACACAUGACAGUAGUUAUACUAUAUUGGUAUAAUUUUGAAAUUUACUCUGUGUUGCAUUGUAUUUUGCUCUUUUUUUUCUUUUCUCUAACCUUUGUUGUGUUUUAGUCUGCUUUAUGUAUAUUACACCUUUUGUAUACUGUAUAUUUGCCAACUGGGUACUAGUGUCAUAUGUGUAUAUAUUUCAUUAAAGGUUAUCGGACCAGAUGUUUUGGUCCUAUAUGGACCCAGAUGGUAAAUAUACCCAGAUGGCAAAUAUAUAUGAAGUGUAAUAUGCAUAAAGAGGACUACAACACAAUCAAGGUUAGCGGGAAAAAAAGAGGAAAAUACAAAACAGUACAUUUCAAAAUUAUACCUAUAUAGUAUAAUUACUGUCACCUGUGUAUAUUUAAUUAUAGAUUAACCACUGAGGAAGGGCCAGAUAUAUAUAAAUAAAUUGCAUCAUAUACAGAAUGUGCAGUGCUGUAAAUUUCUGAAUUAUAUGUGAUGACUGAUAAGUCCUUCUUCACAAGUACCAACUUUUAACAAGAGUGCAGACUUCACUUCUAUCAAUUACAGCAUCACACAUUACACUAAUCAGUGCAUUCUGCGGGCAUCUUUGUCCUGACCUAUCAUGAGAGCAAUAGAGCUGUCAUACUGUUAUUCCAAUUCUACACCUACUAUUAUCUUCAUUACCCCACAGAUAACACUGUCCCCUCACAGCAGCAAUAAACUGACAAUAUAUUACACAUCUUAUCAUUUGUGUUGACUGGACCAUAUUUUAUAUUUAAUUUCCAGGGCCAUAGUACUGAUGUAUUAAAAAGAAAAACGGGCAAAAAUUCUUUAAAAAGUUCUAUGAAUAUUGAGUUAAAAAAAUAUUGACUUCUUUUUAAAGCAAGUGUCCCUUUAAUGUUAUAGCGAUGUGUUCUAUUUUCUUGAGCCCAACAAUUAGAACUUCUGCACUAGAAAAAUACACAUGAAGCACUUUUCUGCUUGGUUUUAUAUGCUGAACUUUCAGCAUUAUUCCUUUAAUCAUCAUGUAAUCUCUGGAAAUGCUGGCAUUUUCUCCCCUUUUCUACUGUUCUGGAAAGAGGUUGUAUUUAUGUUUAAAAUGUGUGCAUUACAAGUUGAAGAAUUUACUUUUUUUUUAACUCUUUUAUAAAUAUGAUUGUUCCUUGUAUGUUUGAUUCAGGCCAGUAAAGCACUAAUCUGCCGGCACCAUGUAAACUAGUCUAGGGGAUGGCCAUAGUUUUUACUAAACCGUUUAAAUAAGAUAGGACAGCUUUUGUAGGUCAUGGUUAUUACGGUGUUACGCCACAAUCGAACAUGUUCUUUGGAACGCCCCUAGAACUGCUCAUUUGGAAAACUGUAUUGUGGUACUAUGAUUGUAGUUACUACCUUAACUGAUUGGGGGGGGGGGGGGGGGAACGCCACUAUAUGAGAAAAAAAAACACCUGGAAAAAAUUAAAUCCCACUCUCAAAUUGCUUUUUUUUUUUUUUAAUAAAAAAAUAUAUAUAUCGACACUUGAUGAUAAAAAUAAAACUUUUCUGUGACAGCUUUAGAUAUUUGCCAAAAUGAACUGGAAAGGGAAUGGGGUAAAAAAAAAAAAGACAGCUCUUCCUGCCAAAGCAAUUGGAACAUUCCAUACAACAGUAGAUGAAGCUCCUAUCACGUGGAGAAUUGUGGGUUUUACAAAUUUUUAACCAAAAUGUCUUCACUAGAGUAUGAUUGUGUCCAUGUCCAUUUUAGCUAUAGUGAGAUAAGUAUUUGUAUGCACAGUAAUUAUCCGUACAUAAAGAAUAAAACACAACCUUAUAUCUUCCACAUUUCCAUGGUAAUCCUCAAAUCACACAUUUUUGUAAUACUAGACCCCAUUACUUUCCUUGUUGGUACAGAGGCUUAUCAUAAUACCCUGUAGCACUGAAAGGUCCAUUACCUAGUCGCAUAUGUCUAAGAACACAAUGAAAAAGAACUGUAUGGGGAAAACCAUGACAAGGAACUGUACAGUGCACUCCACAAUGACUUUUAUGUGAAUUGUAUAGUGGUUUAUUAAUGUAGAAAACAGUUUUAGCAAUAUAAAUAAUAGUACAUAUCAUCAUGUAAUUUCUAGCUUGCUCUGGAGUUUCUGUCCGGGAAGCAUUUUCUGUUAUGUUACAGAACAACCGGAAUGGUCAUAUGUUUGUAAGAAUGGCAGUGUUGUGUAUAUAUGUUAGAAGGAACCCCCAUUCAUCACGUGUGUGUGUAGAUCUCCUUUCAGAAGCCCUGGGAAGGGUAUGCCAUGUCAUUUACUUGCCAGGCAAUAGUGUCCAGAGUAACCAGGUUUCUUCUGGCAAUCAUAAGGUACAAAGUUUUGAUAGAAUUCAUGGGAUUGAACAUAGUGGUAGCCUGGAACUCAGCAGUUCAUGUUGUAAAUGACACAGCUUCUGGCAUAAUUUCAUGAAGUCCUAAUAUAACAUUGCUGUGUGCAUUCUCCUCCACUAAACGGAGCCGAAAUGCCUUGCUAUUUUGCCAGUGAGAAAGCAAGACAGUUUGUCCGAAUAUCCUGGUUUAGAGAGUAGGAUACAGUGGUGGUGUUUAUAAUUUUUCUUUAGACCAUGUACGUAUUUCAUGUCCUACAUGUGCACUUUUUGGAUGAGACUGAAGGCCAGAGAGUUGUCUGGACAUUAACUGUGCCUUUUUGCUAAAUGCGUUUGUAGAGGUGUUUGGGGGUUUGUGCCAUAUAAAUACGAUCACAGGUUUCAAGCCCGUGCUCUUACUUUUUUAGGAGGAUUUGCAAUACUUGGUCAAAUAGUUCUCUUCACUUUUGGAGGGUAAGCUGUGCGUACUUUGAAGUUAGGCUGAGUUCACACUUCAGUUAUUUGGUCAGUUAUCUCCAUCCGUUAUUGUGAGCCAAAAUCAGGUUUGGGUCAAAAACACAAAACGGGUGUAAAUCUUUCCGUUACAUCUGACCUCCGAGUAGGCUUCACUACUGGUUUUGGCUCACAAUAACUGAUGGAAAUAUCUGACCAAAUAACUGAAGUGUGAACUAGGCCUUUAUCAGCUUUCUUCUGACUGGACUCCCUUCCACAGGGUAUUGAGAAGAAUGGCAGGGUCAGAAGCUGAGCCUGUGAUGUAUCUUAAAUUGUUGCAUUUUAUGUCCACAUAUUGGGUGUAUAUACAAUGAUGAAGUCAUUACAAUUUGUGGCAUAUUCUGAAUAGCCAUAGCAACAAGCAGUGACCUCUUACACAAAAGUGUGACUUCAUGAUGAUGUUUCAAAUGUCAUUUUUAUUUUAUUUUUUGCAUCUUUUGCAGCUUUUAAGUACAAGAAAUCCAGAAAUAUAAUUUUGUGAGUUCUGUGUCUCGGCAUAUUCCGAGUGCUUACAGCAUAUGCACUAGGUCCUUAACAGAGAAGAAGUUGGACCAGGUGUGACUUGAAGAUUUAGAGAUUUCCACCUUCUGUUAGGAUUAAGAAAUAAAUACUUGUAAUCUGGACUCAUGUACUUUUCUGCACGCCUGUUAUGUUACCAAUACCAUCAUUGCUUGUUUUGUACUGUUACAUUUUUAAACAACCAAUAGACUGUUAUAUAAACCUUUAGUAAAGACCAGUGUUAUGUACUGAAGAGUCAGACCCCAUGACAAAGUGAAUGUGAUACGACUAAUUGAAAAAAACAACAAAAAAGACAAAAUUAUUUAUAUAUAACAAAGAUUAUUGGACAAUUUUCCGUAUUGAACCUAUAAGCAGGAACACAUAUAUAUAUAUAUAUCUUAGCUUGAACUGCACUCACACUGAACCUUAUGCAUAACUACCAGUCCAGCCAAAAAUGGAGUUGUUGCCUAUGGACACCAUUUUGAUGGCAUCUUUCAGGGUAGACAGUGAAAAGUGUGAUGUAUUGUCUGCAGAUGUUAUCCAUGAGGUCCACUGUUUUCAGGAAGUCGCUGAGCUAGGAUGGAAUGAAGUUUGAGAAUGACAAAUGUCCUGACUUGUAGCAUGUUACCUGUUCAUGUACGUUUAACACCUUGUCCCAUGGCUUUUUGGAAAUUGAAGCACUACCACUGGUCAGUAGUUUUGUAUUUCCGAUUAGAAUAAAAAUGUGAUCAUAAA